AUGGGUUCGAUAUCGCUUUAUCUUGUGAAUAUAAUUCUUAUUUCGUCCCAUAUCUUACUUAGUAUCGGUCAAGAACAAAAUGAAAAUCAUCAUAAUACACAACAAAUGUUUGAUGUACUUGAUCGUGUUCAUGCUAAAUGUCCUGAAAUAACAUAUAUAUAUGAUUUACCAUUAGAAUCAGUUCAAAAACGUCCAUUACGUGUUAUUGUAUUUUCGGACAAUCCAAAACAUCAUGAAUUACUUGAACCUGAAUUUAAAUAUGUUGGAAAUAUGCAUGGAAAUGAAGUUGUUGGUCGUGAAUUAAUAUUAACUUUGGCUGAAUAUCUUUGUCAUGAAUAUAAAAAAGGAAAUGAACAAAUUAAAAAAUUAGUCGAUAAUACACGUAUUCAUCUUAUGCCAGCGAUGAAUCCAGAUGGUUGGGAAAUUGCUGUACAACAUGCAUGGAAUAUAUCAAAACCUGAUCAAUUUAAAGAUAUUGAAACAAUGUUAAAAGAACAUGGUACAAUUGAUUGGACAGUUGGUCGAGCAAAUGCAAAUGGAGUUGAUUUAAAUCGAAAUUUUCCAGAUUUGGAUGAAUUUAUUUAUGCAUAUAACCAUGAUGCAAAUCAUCGAAAUAAUCAUCUUAAUUUUGAAACAUUUGUUGCAUUAACAUCAAAAAAGGAUUGUCAUAAUAAACCAUAUCAACCUGAAACAGUAACAGUAGCUUUUUGGAUCAUGAAAAAUCCAUUUGUAUUAUCGGCUAAUCUACAUAAUGGUGAUAUUGUUGCUAAUUAUCCAUAUGAUGAUUCAGCAAAUCAUCUUCGAAUGUAUUCACCAUCACCUGAUGAUCAAUUAUUUCAACAAUUAGCCGAAUCCUAUUCUCAUGCCAAUUCAAAUAUGGAAUCACCAAAAAAAGCAUGUGGUACUGAUGUCUUUCCAGAAGGAAUUACCAAUGGUGCAGCUUGGUAUCCAGUAUGUGGUGGAAUGCAAGAUUUUAAUUAUUUAGCCAGUAAUUGUUUUGAAUUAACAUUAGAACUUGGAUGUCGUAAAUUUCCACCUGGUAAAGAUUUACCACAUUUUUGGAAUGAAAAUAAAAAUGCACUUAUUAAUUUUAUGUGGCAGACUCAUGUGGGUAUUAAAGGAAUUAUUAACAAUGAAGACGGUGAACCAAUCUUUAAUGCAACUAUUAAAGUUUAUCAAUUAGUUAAUGAUAAUUGGGAAUAUAUUGAUCAUGAUAUGACAUCAAAUCCUGAUGGUGAUUAUUAUCGUUUACUUGCUGAUGGUACAUAUGGAAUAAAAGUGACAAAACCAGGUUAUGAAAGUCAAAUUCAAUAUGUUGAUAUUCAUAAUAAAGAGCAUCAAACUAAUGCACAGCGUCUUGAUUUUACUCUUCAAUCAGCAUCUUCUGAACAAUUUAAUCUUCAACGAAUGUUCAGAAACUAUAUGAAUAAAUAUUAA